UAGACUCUGGGAGACGGGAGGAAGCAAGGAGUGAGGCGGGAGGUGCCUGUGGGGAGAGACACACUGUGCUUCAUGCUCUUACAUUUAUACUCCACAAGCACAAGUCUGUACCUGUGUACAUCUAUCUAUUUGUAUCUAUCUGUAUAAACACACACACACACACACACACACACAGAGAGAGAGAGAGAGAGAGAGAGAGAGAGAGAGAGAGAGAGAGAGAGAGAGAGAGAGAGAGAGAGAGAGAGAGAGAGAGAGAGAGAGAGAUCCAAAAAUGUACUCCUUGUUUGACUCGCUAUAAUUAACUGAAUUUUUUUUUUUUUUUCAGAAGCAGUUGGCCAAAAUAAUAAUGUCAGAAGUAAGACAAAGCUUUGAAGAAAGAACAUCUGUCAUAAAGUGUUACUGGAGGCACGAAAAUGUCAAAGAAGUGCAAAGACAAUUCAGAAGACACUUUGACAGGGAUCCACCAAGCUGACAUGUGGAGUCCCCCAGGGGACCAAGAUGGGUCCUCUAUGCUUCCUCCUCUUCAUUAACGACGCCCUCACUGACACCCCCCAUCGCUGGAAGUAUGUGGACGACUGCACCGUGGGCGUCCCAGUUUCCACCAAGAACCCGGACUACUCGCCACUGCAAACGAUUCUGGAGCGACUGCAGACGUGGACGGAGGAGAGCAGGAUGACCAUCAACCACAGCAAAACUGUGGUGAUGCAUUUCUGUACCUCCUCUGUACCAGUGCCCCCUCCCCAGCUCUCAGUGGGCCCUCACCCCCUUCCAGGUGGUCAGAUGUGCCAAGCUCCUCGGAGUCAUGGUGGACGACCAGCUGACCUGGAAGCAGCAUGUCGCCAGCACCAUAAGAUCAGCUACCUACAGGCUGUACAUGCUGUGCAGACUCAGGUUGCUCGGGACGCCGACAGAUGAGUUAAGGGGGGUGUAUGUUACCUUUAUCCUCCCCAAACUCAUGUACGCCUCCUCAGUGUGGUCCUCCUCCCUCACACAAACUCAACAGCUACAGUUGGAGAGUGUGCAGAAAAGGGCGUGCAGGGUCAUCCUUGGCCCUGCAUACACCACCUAUAAAGAAGCCCUGAACACCCUGAGCCUGUCCAGACUGUCCACCAGGUACCGCUAGGCUCUGGAGAAGUUUGGAAGGGGACUUCUGCAUCAUCCACAUCUCAGAAACAUGCUGCCGCCUGACGCGCCUCGCCCGGCCCGUGCAACGAGACACCACAACAAGAUAACGCCCCUAAAGUCGCCACGUACGGACCAGUACAGACUCAGUGCGAUUCCCACCAUGGUGCGAGCCAUCAAUCAAUAGUCCCUUCUAGAUUUGACUUACCUUUAGGAUUAAUGUCAAGUAUUUCCCCACCCCCAAUGUACAUUUUCAGUUU